UUUCUACUUAUAUUUAUUUUUAUUGAUUAUUUACUUUUAACACAAUCCAUGCUUUUAAUGAACAAAUACAACAUUUCAGGAAUUUGUGGAUAUCCUGGUGAACCAAUAUCAGCUCAAAAUAACAUUGAAAGUGAUCAGAAAACUUUCAAAUCGGGAGAUAUAGUGAGCUAUCAAUGCGUGGACUUUCUUAGUUACAGACAGGAACGGAUGUGUCUGAAUGGACAGUGGACUGGCUCUCAGGCCAGAUGUGGUUAUGGUGUGGACAAUGACAUCCUAAAGAUAGUUAUAAGAAGUUGUAUGACGGAUGAAGUGGUGACGGAAUAUGAUUUGAAAGUAAUGCACAAAAAUGUGGACAAAUUUGCAAAUUCCUUCUCAACGGACAGAUACUCUGAGACUCCAAUAAGAGUGCAGAACUCGACAUGUUUUCGAUGGCAUUUGUAUUUCACUAAUAGAUCCCAUUUGGCAUUCAUUAGAGCGGAUUUCGCGACAAUAUUUGAAAGUAUCUCCAAAUCUAAUCGUGUCAUUCCUAUCGUCAGCGCAUAUAUCAAACACAACAAGACUUCCAGCUUAUGUCAAAUUGAAGCCCAGAAAAAGACAGAGUCGGAAACCCCGUUAAUUAUAGAUCUGAUUCGUAUGGCUGUGGCCGAGGUGUAUGGCAGUGCCGAAGAGCCGGCCUGUGGUAUGCCUGAGCUGCCAAUCGGUGUCGGCGCUCGUGUCAUAAAAGAGCAUCAAUUAUAUGAAUUACAAGUAUUUCACGAAUUCAACGCCAACCUCAAGAACUCAACUCAAAUGCACGUCCGGUGCUCUCUGGAGAGGUUCAUACCCUCUAUGCAAACCACGAAACAGUUAGAUCAGAAAUCAUUCGAUGCCAUCGACUAUGAAGGAGUCGCUUGA